UAAGUUACAUACCCCUAAAUUAAAUGUUUAGAAAGCUGUACUUUUAGUGUCUGGAGUUCAUUUUAGCUAGUUUGACUUUAGUCAAAAAAUAUGCCCCAACCUGUCGCUUCCAAGGCUCGUGUCAUAAAAAUUCUCAAUCGGAUUGGAGCCCGAGGCAUUCUAACCGAAGUUCGUGUGCAGCUGGUCGAUCAACCCAAGAUGCAAUUCAUGCGGACGGUCAAGGGACCUGUGCGUCUGGGAGAUAUCGUGGAUUUCGAGGACACUGAGUUGACAUGGCAAUCUUCGAGCAGGAGCAAUAGCAAUUUUGAAGAUAUAUGCUAGGUGAAUGCAGAAUAAAUAAAAUUGAGAAAAAAUACCUAACUGCG